AGGUGGCUGUGGCUGUGCUUCAUGCAAAGGGCAAUGGCCAGGGUCCACGGCUUGUUGAUCUUACGAGCGGAGAGGUCUACCACCUGCCAGAAGAAGGUUGUGUCUCCAUCGGUCGACGUGCCGAUUGUGAGGUGGUGAUUCCCAGAGCCGUCGUGAGUGGCCGACAUUGCGUGCUGACCUGCUCGCCCGAUGGUGUGCAAGUCGAGGACGAAAGCUCCAACGGCACUUUUGUGAACGAGAUUCAGGUGCCCAAAGGCUUUAGCCUUCCGCAGCGCAUCCCACUUCGCGAUGGCGAUCAUAUCUACUUGGCAUCCCGCGAUGGACCCGGAUUGCUCUUCCUCACUGGAGAGGAUGAUGAAGAUGACGAGGAGGAUUGAGCCAUUGCAGGUUGCUUUCCUGACAUCAAGGACAUCAAAAGGACAUCAAUGCUGAGAUCAAUUCUGAGACUUUCCGAAUUCACUUUGAGUUUGCUAUGCAGCUGAGGGGUGGCCGAAGGUUUGAUUGAGGUUGCAG